AUGUGCCCUCUCCAACACAAUGACCCGCCCAGGAAUACUUUGUACGCCUGUACGGAGUUCUCCGAUGGACGGCCAGAGUAUGUUGGCGAGGGCCGAUUUCAUUCCCUCUUGACCGGCAAAACUUUCGCUGUUGGGAACAAGACCUGCCUUGUCGACGCUACAUUCAUGAAGGUUGAAGUUCCUGCAACGCGGCCUCCAGCAUAUAAACUCACCAACGAUGUUAAACUCGUUCCGCCAAACGACUUGCCUACCCUACACAGACCAUAUAACAACUAUACCGUGGUUGGCGCUGGCAGAACAGGAAUCGAUGCCUGCCUCUGGCUUUUAUCGAAAGGCAUAGAUCCCGCAAAGAUCACCUGGAUCAUCCCUCGCGACUCAUUCUUUCUAGUCCGCGAGGGGAUUCAGCCUGGGCCUUUGUCUGCCGAGUCCCGCUCAGUCACUGCUCAGAACGUGAACAAUUACAUCAUUGAAGCAUCCUCUGCCGAAGAUCUGCUAGACCGUCUAGUGGCAUGCGGGCAGCUACUUCGCCUGGAUGACAAUAUCCGGCCGACCAUGUUCCAUUGCGCGACCGUCUCUUCACUGGAGUUUGAACAAUUGAAGAGGAUCGGCUCAAUUGUUCGUCAAGGGCGUGUCGUCUCAAACACACCCAACGAAGUCUUCCUCGAGAACGGCAAAUGCAAUUCCAACGUCGACACUGUCUACAUCGACUGCACUGCGAAUGGGCUCGCCAAGCUCGCUCCAUCUUCCAGCGCUGCUUUCAUUGCUCACAUCGAAGCUUCUUAUAACGACGAGCAGCUCAAGAACAAGCUAUGUCAAGCAGUGCCCCACCCUUCUGAUGCCAUCGACUACCUCAUCACGCGCGCAUGGCUGCAGAACACUCGCGUGGACUGGUUUGGCAUCUUUGCCCCGAAGGAAGCUGAAGACCCUAUAAAGCAGCCAGAAUUCUUUGCCGCCAUGAGGGAUCAGAUUGAGUUCGUUUGCUCUAAGCUCGAGAGACUGUUGGAUGGACUGCCUUUGGAACAGGCUAUUCGGGCCAGAACACAGCUCAAGAGCAUAUGA